AUGGAGGGAGGAGGGGUUUACUGACAUCAGCACCGCCGCUCAGCACAGCACCGAGCAGGCUCUGACUGUCUGGCUGGACCCAGCCACGCCAUCCCCCCGUUUUUUUUUUAAUCCCGUGACGGGGUGCUUCUCCACGGAUGUCUGGGCUCGCUCUGCGGGGUUCGGGUGGUGGUCGCAGCGGAUAGUCUGUGCGCGCACGGAGCUUCGUCGGUGGGAAGGAGCGCGCAGCAGUGAGCGGUGAGUUUGCGGCAGCGCGGCAGACAGCGGAGGGGCGCACAGAGGCGCAGACUGGCGCAGGGGCGAGCGGAGCCGGGCACGCUGUCUGUCUGAAGUUCAGAAUCCGCCGAGUCACGCUUGUUGUGAGUGAUAGUCUGCAGAGCGGCAGAGGAGACAUCCUGCAAACACUGAGGCUCUGCUCAUCCUCCACAUGCUGCAGAAUCAGACUCAGGCCUGAGCUGCAUCAGUAUGUUUUUAUGAUUUCCAUCCUGGUAACUUGAUCACAGUCUAACCUUUAACUUCAUCUGAAGUUUGCAGGAGUGUGUGUCUGCGUCAGGAGGCUGCACAGAGACAGGCGAGGGCGAGGAGCGAGGCAACGCAGGGGCGCAUCCCAAUAAGAAGCCAAAUUCUGCACUGCAGUGAAUUUCCUCAGGUGUGUGUGUGUGUGAGAGAGAGUGUGUCUGUGUCUGUGUGUGUGUGUGUGUGUGUGUGUGUGUGUGUGGGACUCGGCGUACACUUCUCAUUAACAUCGGAAGAACCUGCAGAAGCUUUGGGGCACAUCUCCAUCGGUUGGUGGAGGUCGCCUCGUCCUAGAAAACUGUGCCACCCUCCAGCUUCCAGACCACCCAGCGUCCACCUCCACCUCUUUUCCUGUUCCCAUCACAGGCACAGUGUGGUGGCCGGUUUGUUGGAUCACACAAAGCCUGCAGGCCUCAGACUGGAGAGCUGUGACCUACAAGGAGGUGGGGUUCAAACUAAAGACCUGCAGGAUAUGAAACCAAAUCUGCAGACUUUAAAGCAAAGAGCAGCUUAAACUGUCCGGUCCAGUUUCAUCGCACUCAGAGGACUCUUCUAUAUUUUUUUGGAUUCAGAAAGUCGGACCUGCUCUUCAGGUUGUUUUAGGACUAAACAAGGUGUCAGAUUUCACCUCAGGGACCAGAUUUCUAUCAUUUCCAAGUCAGCACGACACAGCAGAUGUCAGGCACCAACCCAGAUUUCCCAGGUUUAGGUCGAGUUCCAGUUUGAGCUCAGGGAUUUUUAACAAACAGAGUUUCUUUGAACGCAGCAAAUCUCAGGCGACGUCUGUAUUUUUGGCUUCGGAACCGACCUAUGAACUCCCGUUGCCAUGGCGUCUGACAGUUUCCAGUACCGGGCGCUCUUUGAGUACAAGAGGGAGCGCGGCGACGACAUCAGCCUCCAGCCGGGCGACCUGCUCACCGUCCCCAAGGCCUCGCUCGUGGCGGCGCCGGGGGGUCUGGACUACCAGGACGGGGACGAGCGGAGCCCCAAAGGAUGGCUGCACGGCACCAACGAGAGGACCAAGGAGAAGGGAGACUUUCCAGGGACCUUUGUGGAGUACGUCGGAACGGUGAGGGUCGGCCCUCCUCCUGCACCUAAAUCCUGGCCCAGGCCUGUACCGCCGACCCCCGGGGGACCACAGCCUGCUGGAGCUGCUGCUGCUUCAGGUGUGGAGGUGGAGCUCCUGCCCGAGGUGGCUCCCGUGGUCGUUUGGCGUCUGGUGGAGGCCGUGGAGAAACACGGUGAGAGGAAACAAACAAACACAGAUGUGCAGCGAGCGUCCUCGUUAAAGGAGCCACAUUAAUUAAACAUGCACUGAGUUUAGCAUGAAGUGCACAUGUGAUGUCUGUAACGAGGACUCUCGUUUGAACGCGUUUUCAUUCACGUGUCGUCGGGUCAGAGGUCAGACCUCGGUGGACAGUGUCCAGCUGCAGACUCAGAUAUCUGAAGUCCUGAGCACCUCCACAUCGAUGGACAUAGGUUGGAGAUGUGGUUUGUUCCACCACCACCUCCUUGUUCUUGGAGGUGUUCAGCUGCAGAUGGUUGGACCUGCAUCACCUUAAGAAGUCCUCAACCAGGCUCUUGUCCUCCC